AUGCUCAACUUUCCAGAUUUAGAUAGGUCGCUGACUCCCUUCGCCAGCGACUGGACAGUCUCUAGGCCGAAAAUACUCUCUACAUAUCGUUUGUUUCUUUCCCGACUUGAACACCAGGCUAAACCGACGAUGAGAGGCUCUGCCACGGAACGUACUCCGCGAACCCCCGGAUCUCGGACUUCAAAACGAUUGCGACGUCUAGAGCCCGGCACGGAACUCGACAAUGACUAUCCAAGCUCGUCAACUGGCUUAACGCCCCAUAUCUCGCGCACGAGAAUUGUCGUUUCUAGUCCAAUUAGACCAAACUACGACGAAAGGUUAAGCGGAAAGACGCAAGACAACCAGCGCCAUUAUACGACUCCCCACCCUAAGACCAAGACCAAGCGGAAGCUGGGCUUUGAACCAUCCCCUUCGAAACAAACAACGCAUUCCUACCACUAUAUCCCUUUUAGCGAUAUCCUCGAUUCCAGGACGAAACGGCGUAUCGGUCGCGCAGGGUUCAGUGAGGAGAUGAAUAGAAUUGAGGAGACAAGAAGAGUUCGCAAAAGGAUUGAGAAAGAAAAGGAUGAGGAGAUGCAAAGACUAAGGGAUGAGUUGAAUGUACUCAGAAGCGGACGAACUCCUCAUUAUGACACACCCGAUAUAUCUGGUGAAGACUCUGAUCUGCCUUCAAGUAUUGGAGGAGAUGACAUGGAAGUGGGUUUCAAUGAAGGGCUCACUGACGCUGAAUGUAUGGAUAAAUUGAUACAUGGUCCUCCUGUUUUCACAGAUGCUGGAACGCAAGUAUCAUUCCAUAGCUGUCGAGGAGAAGUCCGGUCUUUGAAAGAAGACCUUGAACAGAGGAAAGCAGAGAAAAAGAGGCUCUUUCAUGAGUGGCAGGGAAUUUGCAAGCCUCGAAAACAAAAUGGUAAACCGAAUGACACCGACACAGCCCUUUCCACUCCGCCGCCAGACCUGGCAGUGCAGAUUCUUGCCAGCCUGCGGGAGGCCACCACCCGCGCGGCCGAAGCGGCUCAAACAGUUGAGACUGUUCAGAAUGCACUCUCCAGCCACGGCUUCGAUGGCGUUCACGCCAUGGAAGUUAUCGCCAACAUUGGCUCGCGCUUUCGGCAUGCGCGACUAGAGCUUGAAAGAGCUGUACCAGGUGAGACUGCAAAUGCGAACUUGUCAAACUGGAGUACAACGAUCGACGCUAUGGUGGAACGUAUCGGCCGAUUUGCAGCAGAUCUAAAAAGGGCACAGAGUCAAGUAACAGGGUACCAAGAACGUGAGGUGGCGCUGCGUCGACAAUUUGACGCUGCGCUACUCCGGUAUGAUGAAACAUCGAAAAGGAAUGAAAAUCUUCAAAAGUACACCGAAACAAUUGCAGAAGAUAUGCUCAACGCGCGAAUAAAACUCCAGAAGCUCGAAAAAGAGAUCCAACACCUUGCAACUGAUAAGAGCCGACUUUUAGAUACCUUGGAGUGCUACCGAGAGGAUGUCAGGAUGCUAGAGAAAUUGAACUCGCAAUUAGAAGAUGAGAUUGCUGCUUCGAGGAAUCAAGUGGACAUUCUCGAGACAGCGAAUAAUAAAUUGGACGAAAAAAAUGAGUUGUCCAAAGCCAGAAUUGCAAGCCUGGAGCGUAAUUUAGCCAAUGAAUACUCUCUCCGACAGAAGAUGCAGGCAUCUCUGCAGCGGUGUAAUUCCGAAAUCUCAAGUCUCAGGCUUCGAAUGGAGAAACUGGAAAGUGAACAUGAUGUCGUUGUAACUGCACUCAAACAAAAGAAUACCGAACAAUUCAAUGGACAUGAAAAGGAGAUUGGGCUGUUGAAUGUCCGCCUUUCCUCGGUUUCAACCUCUCUCAAUAAUACCAGAAUCGAAACCGAAAGAUUAGAAGACCAGAAGCUUGUCUUACAGAGACGGCUAGCGGAUUUUGAACAGCUCUUUUCGCGAGACGCUAUCCGCACAGCGCAAGAUAGAGCGAAAGAGACUGUCGAGGCCUUUGAGGAAUGGCAAAGGAAAGUGGAUCUUCUGGAGAAGGCUUCGCCUCCAGAAACGCAUAGCUUUGCUAUUGGAAGUGAGCCAAUUACGCCAGCAACGGUAACUCGAUUCAAAAAUGUAGAGAUAGAAAGGGGGAGGAAAAGGAGAAGAGUCAUUAGUAGCCCACUGGAGGAGGAACAAGGAUAA